AUGAUACAACCGAGGAACAUAAAUAGCAAAACAUUGAGACAAUAUUUGACAAAACUUGGAUCCAGAACUCAACUUACGGAAAGAAUUCAAGCUUAUAAACAAUGGAAUCACAAAAUAAGCAAAUUGCACCCUGUUAAUUCCAUUAGGCCUUUCUUUGAUAAGAACACGCGAUUCGAAAGCACAGAUAAAACCGUGACAAAGUCAGAGGAGGCGCUGGCAACAUCAACGACGGCAGCACCAUCCCACAACACGGAUGGCAAUAAGAUAAGCACUACCACCAUCCCGCGAAAACAACCGACAACUGAGCUGAAUCUCCCGAGACUCUUGAGAGCUUACAGGGAUUUAUCGAAAGCAAAACUUGCGACUCUUGUAAUAUUAACAACAAUGUGCGGAUACGCAAUGGCACCAAUGGCAACAAAUGUGACUUGUCUCUUUGCCACUACGGCGGGGACGGGAUUAUGCGUAGCAUCAGCGAAUGCGAUCAAUCAAUGGUUGGAAAUCCCCUAUGAUGCACAAAUGGCGCGUACGCGUAAUCGGGUACUCGUACGUAACGUGAUAACGCCAACUCAUGCAUUAUAUUUUGGUAUAGUAACCGGGAUCACCGGAACAGGGAUUUUAUCAACCAUGGUUAACCCUCUGACUGCAUUAUUGGGAGCAUCAAAUAUUUUAUUAUACACGUGUGUUUACACCCCCAUGAAACGGGUGACCAUUGCCAACACAUGGGUUGGAUCCAUUGUCGGAGCAAUACCGCCAAUGAUGGGUUGGGCGGCGUGCACAAAUAACCUGGAAUCCGGAGCUUGGGUAUUAGGAGCAACGUUAUUGGCUUGGCAGUUCCCUCAUUUCAACGCGCUCGCCUGGAGCAUGAG